UCUGGGGAAGCCAUACCAUGGAUGUGGAUCCUGGUCUAGAUGCACCACAUAGUGCUCGACGCAGGCAGAGCUGGCACUGGAAAGAGAGCCCAGUCUCCUUCCUGCAGCCUCCCUCCUUCAGCAAACAUUUGCCUUGCACCUGCCAUAUGCCAGACGUUUUGCUAACUGCCAGGGAUACGGCACUGAUCAAGAUAGAUGAUGUCCCUGCUGUCACGGAGGUAGAAGUGGAAACAGAAAACAAACAAGAGAACAAAUGCAGCAACAAGAUCAUUUCUGAUUAUGAUAAGUGUGGAGAUGAUAAUAGAGCAGGGUGCUGGCAGACAGUCAUGUGGGAGUCUGGGGCUACUUUUGGUGGGGAAGGUUACUCUCUGGAGGUCUUGUGUAAACUGACAUGAGAAGGAUGAGAAGGAGCCAGCUUUCCAAGGUCUCCAGAGAAAGUAUGCCAGAUGGGGACAACAGCCAGUGCAAAGUCUCUGGGGUGGGAAUGAGCAGGAGAAGAAGAAUCCGUGCCUGUGUGGCCAAAGACGAAUCCUGCCUCACAGUCUUUGACCCUUUUGACUUCCCCUGUCGUGCCUCCUGCAGACUCUUCUUGCUUCCCUGGGUGAAUGGGUGGCAAAGAGUGCUUUCCUUAACCAUGCUUCCUUGUCAGCACAGUGCCUGGCAGGUGGCUGGAAGCCACAGCUGAAUUUUUGCAGUGUCUUUGAGAUGCCAGGAGGAUGGCAGAUCAUUUCUGUACAAUUCAUCAGCCACACAAAAGCCCUGAGAUCAAAGAGCACGGGCUUAAUUUAUUUUGUUUGUUUUGCAGAGGAAAUAGUGCUUCCUUGGACUGAAAGCUCUGAGGACUAAGAGCUGAAUGGAAAGGGGGCGUUUGGAUUAAAUGAAUGGGCUGGCCAACUCUGACCCAGUUUUCACCCAGUGCAGCAGUGAUGGGGGAGGGAAUUGCUUUCUGGCUCUCUGCUCUGGCCCAGGGGCUGGUCAUUUCAUGGGGCUGGGCCUUCUGUGUGAGUCAGGCUUGAUGGAAGUGUCUUUGAAGGUGAUUCAUGGGGAGGAGAGGAGGGGAACUGGGAGUUGUGGCCUCAAGCCCUGCCUGAGUUCAUCCUUGGAUCCCUCAGGCUUGCUUGACACUAGCUCAUCACCUUAGCAAUGAGGGCAGGUGCAGAUUCGGGUGAAGCUCACCUACAUUUCAUAGGAACCUAUCAAAUGUGAGCAAACUGGGAGAAGGAAAUCACUGAGCCUCACAUGGCAAAGGAGCACUCAAAGUAGGGAAUUCUGAGGAAGCCUAGAAUGGGCUGGGCAGGGAGGGCAGGGGACAGUCCCACUCAUCAUCGUGACCAGGCUGGACCUGUGAUUGCAGUGAGCGAGACUUGGCCAGGAGAGGCUUGGGUCUAGGAGUCCUGGAUUCGAGUUCCAUUAACUAUUUGACCCUGAGCUGGUGACUUUGUCUUUUUUAGAAGCCUCAGCCUCUUCACCUUUCGAGUAGGGGUGAGGAUACCUGCCUGUGCUACCUCUCGGGCUUGGUGUGAGAGCCCAGUUCUGAAGGUUGGAAAGUAUUGCCAAGCACAUGGUAGGCACUCAGUAAAUAUCUGUUUGCUUAAAUGAAAGAAUGC